UAAUUACAUCCGGGGCGCUAGGAAAGUCAGCAGCCAUUUCUUCUUGCAGCUGGCUCACGACAGCACGAAAACCAUAUUUAGCCUUUUAAGUGUUCUUCUCUUAUUUUCAUAGGUUUGAAAUUUCCAAGGUAUUUUUUUUUGAAUCAGGAAAUUUCCUAGCUACUAUUUCUCUGGAAGAAGUCUCCGGCCCCUUGCUUCCUCCCUUCCUGGGCUUGAGAUAAUUACAACCGGGGUGCCGCUUGUACUCGUGACCGCUUGGCAAGUCAGCAGCCAUGGAUUCCCAGCUGCCACCGUUGCCGGCCACACCCACCACCAUAACCUGUCUCGGCGAUGAUCUCCUCCGCGAGAUCUUCCUCCGCCUGCCGGCCCUCCCGAGCCUUGUCCGCGCCGCCUUCACCUGCUGCGCUUUCCACCAUGUCGUCCGCUCGUCCCCCGCCUUCCGCCGCAGUUUCCGUGCGCUCCACGCGCCGCCUGUCCUCGCGUUCUUCCUUGAUCCAAACUUUGAAGUGGCCCCGGCCUUUCCCUGCCCUUGGCGCAGCGGCGACCCUGAGCUCGACCAAGCCGAUCUCAUUGACGUCUGCUUCCCACACUCGAUUCGUAGCCGUCAGGGCUACUUCAUCCUCGACAACGUGAGCGGGAGCACUAGCGCCUACUACAACCCGCUAAUGCAGGCGUUGUAUUUGGACAUCCAUUACAUCUCUCUUCAUUUCUACACUCUCUCCUCCGAAGAUGGCCAGGCGCCGCCCCGUGUGGUCUGUGUCAUUCAGGUCCUCGGAGGGUGGGCACGUGCCGCCGUCUUCUCAUCUGACACCAAGGAGUGGCAAUUUUUUCCGGAGAAUAUGCUGACAAUAAUCGAUGCUGACAUGGCCGGUAGGGUGAUGCGAGGGCUCAUCUGGUGGCCCAACUGUUGCCUGGAAAAAACUGUGGUGCUCAACACCGCGACCUUCCAGUUCUCUCUAAUCGACGUGCCGAGUCCUUCGAUCAGAGAAGAAGAGUCGUCAUAUAAGCUUGGCGAGACCAAGGAUGGGAAGCUCUGCCUGGUAGAUUUAAAUGAUGACAAACUUGUUUCUUAUUUCCUGACAGCCGACGACGAUAGUGUCAUCAAGAGGUGGAUGUUGUACAAGGAGUUCCCGUUGGUCCCGAUUGUUAAGAAUCUCACUGGACUCUCAAAAGAUGAAGAGCUCCGUCAUGUCGGGGUGAAGCUUGCGACGGUCAUCAAUGGCUUUGUAUACCUGUCUAUUUUCUACUACAAGGACACACAAUCUUCUGAGAUGUAUCUAUCCUUGUGCCUGGAAACAUCGGAGAUAUGCAAGCUCUUUAAAGGUGCAUAUUGCUACAAUUCGCAGAGCCAUCCCUACGUCAUGGCAUGGCCUCCCUCUUUGUUACAAAGCAAGGAGGAAUCAGAAACUGAAUUCACUGAAGACAGUGUUGCCGACGAUGUUCCUGUUGGCACAGAGAAUGCUUCCUCUGUGCUUGUCGCGGCACUGGAGUCUCUCAGCCAAGCUCUGAUGAUGGAUGACGGUGGUAUUACUAAAGAAAUAGUUGCGGCGGUACAUGCCAGCUUGCACCCCGGCGCGGAUCAAGAUGGCAUCACUAAAAAUGUAAUGGCGACGUUAGAUGCCUUCUUGCGUCCCAAUGAGGACGGCGAUGGUCUGCUGAGCAAGAUCACUAGUUUUGAUGCACAGUUGAUAACUGGAAGAGACCGUAUCUUGAGGACAAGUGUAUGACUCCGAGGUCCAGAAACAAGCGAAACCUGAUGAUGAAAUGGUGCUAAGUGCACAAUUGGAAGCUGUCAAGACUCAAGAGCUUGUUGGAAGGCGGUGUGUGUAUUCUGAUGUGUGUGUUGUGUGUUUGUUGUGAUGAUACAAGCUUCUGGUGAGAUGGUUAGUAUUUCAGUGUUUGAAUGGUGUAAAGAGCUAGCGUAUGUGUAUGCUAGUCU